AUUUGUUAGUUGUCGCUGCAGUUAUCGUCGAGUGCAAGAGCGGCACAGAGAGGCGCCAUGUCCAACACGGAGAAAGGAGGACUGCACAGAGUGCGAAACUUCCUGUCAUGCCGCCAAGUGCUGAACCUGCUGACCAUGCUCGGCUUCAUGCUGAACUACGCCCUGCGAGUGAACCUCACCAUUGCCAUCGUGGACAUGGUCCGGCCAAAUGUGACGUCGCAGGCGGGAAAUGCCACCUUAGCGGGAAAUAACACGGGAAAUAGCACUGCCUCGCCGGACGGAGUGGAUGUGUACGAGGAGCGCUUUCCGUGGGACACCUACCAGACCAACUUCGUGCUGGGCUGCUUCUUCUGGGGCUACAUCCUCACCGAGCUGCCCGGUGGCCGUCUGGCCGAGCUCAUCGGUGGACGCCGCGUCUUUGGACAUUCCAUGCUGUGGGCCAGUCUGCUCACCCUGAUCACGCCGCUGGCGGCGCACAUCAACUAUGUGGUGCUCAUCGUGGUUCGAGUGGUGCUCGGCUUCAUGCUGGGCGCCUCCUGGCCAGCCAUUCACCCCGUGGCCGCCGUCUGGAUUCCGCCCAUGGAGCGCUCCAAGUUCAUGUCCAAUAUGAUGGCUUCUUCCCUUGGCGCUGCGAUUACCAUGCCCAUCUGUGGCUACCUGAUCUCCGUUGCUGGCUGGGCCAGUGUCUUCUAUCUGACUGGAGCCGUGGGUCUGCUGUGGUCCCUGGCCUGGUUCACCUUCGUCUACGAGACCCCGGCCACCCAUCCCAGGAUUUCGGCUGAGGAGAGGCGGGAGAUCGAGGAGGCCAUUGGCACCACCACCUCCAAGAAGCGCCCGAGUCAUGUGCCCUGGGGUCAGCUGCUCUGCUCUCCGGCUGUCUGGGCCAUCAUCAUCUGCCAUGGACUCGCCGUCUUUGGUUUCUUCACGGUGGUCAAUCAGCUGCCCACUUUUAUGUCCAAGAUUCUGCACUUUGACAUCAAGCAGAACGGCUUGUUCUCAUCGCUGCCUUAUCUGGGCAAAUACGUUAUGGCUGUGGCCUCAUCCUACCUGGCCGAUUACCUGCGCAAGAAGGGUACUCUGAGCACGACGGCGACCAGGAAACUAUUCACUACUUUUGCCUUGGUGAUUCCGGGUCUGCUGAUGAUAGUGCAAGUGUUCCUGGGCUAUGAUGCCACCUGGUCCGUGACCAUCUUCUCGCUGGCCCUGUUCGCCCAUGGAGCUGUCACCGCUGGUUAUCUGGGCAAUGGCCUGGAUAUUGCACCCAACUUCAGUGGAACCAUCUUUGGAUUGGCCAACACGCUGUCCUCCUUUGGCGGAUUCCUUUCCACGUGGAUGGUGGGAGCCCUAACCUACAAUGAUGAAUCCUUCCAUUCGUGGCAAAUUGUGUUCUGGAUUCUGGCAGCCACCUAUAUCUCGGGACCCAUUGUUUUCGCCAUCUUUGGCACCGGUGAACUGCAGCCCUGGAAUAAUCCUCCAGAGCGCGUUAAGAUCAGCGAUGUCACCCAGGAGGAGGGUGUUCCCCUAAAGAACGAGAAGUGAAUUCGCUUUGCCAGUGAGCCUCAGUCGGUGCUUCUGCUGGUCCAGAUGAAGGGAUCGGAAUGAAAGCCAAGUUGGAGAUCGCCAGACAUCAUCAUCCGCACAAGUUAU